GGCAACUUCCCGUCUUUUCAAAACAAACCAGCAAAACAAAUAUAAUAUACCGUCUCUAACCAUUAUUAAUAAAGAAAAAUUAAAUCGGGAAAUCGUAAACAGAAGUGCCCAAUUUGCUUUGCUAUCUGUAUAUAUUAUGCCUUAAAGUGAGACGUAAUUUUUGUUUAAACUUAAUUGAUAUGGCAACCAGUUUUCCAUAAGAAUUCCGUUAAAUUUUGUGUCGGGAAAAAUGAAGAGUAAAAUGAAGAAAAUGAAGCAUUAUAAAAGGAUUAACCUUUUUGUAAUACCAGUUACAGCUAUAGCUGGGGAUACUAUCACCCAGUACAUGUACCCCUACAUAUCGUUACUACUUAAAUGCAUAACUGAUAGUGCCACUCAUUUCCUUAUAGCAUCACUUUCGUGGAAUUAUGUAGACAAUGUGUCAUUCAAUAAAAGAAUUAAUUUUGUUGCCAUUAUUAUAUGUGGAUCAAUGGCUUCUGCAAUUGAUAUUGAUCAUUUUUUGGCUGUUGGAACUACCAGUCUUGAAGAAGCUACAUCUCUGCCUCACAGACCAGUUUUACAUUGCACAAGUCUGUUUACAGUUGUUGCUCUACUAUUGGCCUUACUUUCCAUCAGAAUUCAUUCCAUCUGUCUUCUCAAAAUGUCUGUAAUUAUUGUUACUGCUACUUGGACUCAUCAUUGGAGGGAUGGAUACAGACAUGGAAUUUGGAUCUGCCCAAUUGGUUCCACUCCACCUUAUUCAUACUUUGUUUACCUCAUCGGCCUUAUAGUUUUGCCUAUAGGUUUGCAAUUUGGCUUGAAGUUUAUCACUGACAUAGUCACAAAAUCGAACGUAAAACACGUAGCACCGAUAUUUUUAAUAUAAAUUUCAGCUUCCCCAUUUACUGAUCUUGAUAAGUUAAUGCAGAAUGUCUUGUUUUUGUGUUUCUCUUCUACUACAGCACUUAGUGGUUACAGUUAAUAAGCAAAAAAUAUAAAUUUAUUAUCUA